AUAAAGGCUAUAUCAUUCUUUACUUGGAAAAGUAUAAAAAACUAAACUAAAAACUUUAAAUAGUUUAAUCAAACUGAAUGCAAUGAAGCUAAAUAGAGCCAAAGGGAAAGAAGCGAUGCACACUUGUUUAAAACAGAAUGCUUACCGUGAAGCGCUCUCUGACCUGCAGUCACCUCUGAACCCAUGUGUUAUCCUCUCAGAACUUUAUGUUGAGAAGUGUAAAUACAUGGAUUCCAAAAUGAAGCCUUUGUGGCUUGUGUACAACAACAAGGUGUUUGGUGAGGAUUCAGGUGGAGUGAUUUUUAAAAAUGGUGAUGAUUUACGGCAGGAUAUGUUGACACUCCAAAUGCUGCGCUUGAUGGAUUUACUCUGGAAAGAAGCUGGUCUGGACCUUCGGAUGCUACCUUACGGCUGCUUAGCAACAGGAGACUGCUCUGGCCUCAUUGAAGUUGUGAGCACCUCGGAAACAAUUGCUGACAUUCAGCUGAACAGUAGCAAUGUUGCUGCAGCAGCAGCAUUCAACAAAGAUGCCCUUCUGAACUGGCUUAAAGAAUACAAUUCUGGGGAUGACCUGGACCGAGCUAUUGAGGAGUUUACCCUAUCCUGUGCCGGCUACUGUGUAGCUUCUUAUGUCCUUGGGAUUGGUGACAGACAUAGUGAUAACAUCAUGGUAAAAAAAACUGGCCUGCUCUUCCACAUUGACUUUGGACAUAUUCUUGGAAAUUUCAAGUCUAAAUUUGGCAUUAAAAGGGAGCAAGUGCCUUUUAUUCUUACUUAUGAUUUCAUUCAUGUGAUUCAACAAGGAAAAACAGGAAACACAGAAAAAUUUGGCCGGUUCCGCCAAUGUUGUGAGGAUGCAUAUCUGAUUUUACGCCGGCAUGGGAAUCUCUUCAUCACGCUCUUUGCACUGAUGUUGACUGCAGGGCUUCCUGAGCUCACCUCAGUCAAGGAUAUACAGUAUCUUAAGGACUCUCUUGCCUUAGGAAAGAGUGAAGAAGAAGCACUCAAGCAAUUCAAGCAAAAAUUUGAUGAGGCACUCAGGGAAAGUUGGACUACUAAAGUCAAUUGGAUGGCCCACACAGUUCGGCAAGACUACAGAUCUUAACGAUCAGCCUUUGCUCCGAAUAUGUUUGUUGGUUUCGUUUAGUUUUCAUUUUGCACUUGCACUAAAUUGAACAUGACCCUGCCAGAGAUGUUAUAAAGGGAAUGAAAUCCUGGAACAGAGAGUUAAAUUAAGAAUGGGGCAUCCCACAGAAAACUAAUCUGAAUAAUCCCUGACAACACCCCCUGCUUUUUGAAUGCUUCCAAGAUUCAACAUGAAAACUCAACAUUAUGGAUAAUCAUUUCCUGCUGACUUUGCACGCCAAGGAAUGCUACUAGAGAUUGUUUUUUGUUUUUGUCUUUUUUUUUUUUAAAGUAUUUGGUACUUUUCUGGAAAGAUGUAAAUACUUCUUUUCAUAUUGUGACCAAGUGUUAUCACUCAGCCAACUUAUCCAUACCUGGGGACUAGUAGCUGUUCUUACUUUCCAAAUGAGGCUUAAAAGAAAGCUUUCUUUCCUCCCUUUUUAAAUUGUGUAAACUACAAAUUAU